UAACACAUUAUUUUCUUUGAUCCACAUGCACGGGUAUUGGUCUAGCUAAGCAACUACAUGUCUACAUACAUGCAUGAAUCCUACGUACAAAAGAAAACACACUUGAAAAGAACAUGUUAGCCAAACCUGAGGCCGUCUGCCGCCCAUCACAUGAGUGCCUCCGGCUUGUCCAGCACCACCCACCUUGCUCUACAUCAGCAUGGCAACAUCUCUGACAUCUCUACUCCGGCGGGUAGGAAAGUAGGAGUACAGCCUAAUUUACUUCCCGGGAUUGCAUGGAUAUGCAUUCAUUUUAUUUUAUUACUGCCUACUUACUCACACUCUACCUUGCUCAGCUCCGACCCAGAGCCCCACCGCAAUGUCCAGCGACGACGAGCUCCGUGACCUCCUGGUCCAGGAAGCCACCACCGCGAUCAUCUCCGGCGCCGAUCCCUCCCGCCCCACGGCCCGAUCGGCCCACUUCCUCCUCCCCCGCGCGGGGGGCGCUCGCCUCCCUGCUCUGCCAUCCCCGCCCCGCAAUGCCGGCCCUGUUCUUGGCGACCAGCUCCCUGUCGAUUGGACGGCCUGGCCCGGCUCCUCGAAGCUGUGGAGGCGGUGGGUGGCCAGGCUUCGGCCGCGGCAUGAGCGCCUCUGGCGGAAGCUUGGGAUCUUCGCCGCUGUCCUCGCGACCACCGGCUGGGUGCGGCGGCACGAGGGCCUGCUGCUCCAGCUUGCGGGUUUCUGGUCCGGCGAGACCAACACGUUCCUCUUCCCGUGGGGCGAGGCCACGGUGACGUUGGAGGACAUGGCCGUGCUCGGGGGCCUGCCCCUGCUGGGCAGGCCGGUGUGGUCGCGGCUGCCGGACGAGCUCCGCGGGGACGUGGACGCGCUGGAAGCCGUCCGAAUCGCGCUGAGCAGAUGCACGAACAGAAAAGCCGCGUUUGCCCCGUGGGUUAAGCAAUUCGUCGAGCGGCCGACGGGGGAGGUCGCUGGCGACGGCAGAGGAGAGACUGAGGCGGCCACAUUGCUCGAGCACGGGGCGUUUCUGGCCAUGUGGUUGAGCAAAUACGUGCUCCCGGUGCCGCCAUUCGACGUUGUCAGACCGGACAUGUUCCCCCUCGCCGCCGGACUGGCGCGCGGCAGGUGCUCGGCCCUCGCGCCAGCCGUUCUUGCCAACAUUUACAACGACCUCUCCGCCCUCAAGCACUACUUAAACUUGAGCAAGAGCCAUCAGCCAUUCGUGGCAGGUGCGCCACUACACAUCCUCCAGCUAUGGGUCUGGGAGCGCUUCCCGGAGCUUCGCCCUGCGAUCAACUCCCACGGUGGUGAUCCCGGCAUGCCGAGGGCUACCAAGUGGCACAACAUCAGAAACCCGCUUGAUCCUGGCUACAUCCACGCUGUAUUCAUGUCCCCGGAGGAGUUCAAAUGGAGACCUUACGGAGGCAGUAGCUUUGCUCUGCCACAAGGCAGAAGUGGCUGCUGGGUGCACUGCCAUGAAGUAGCAACAAGCAAGGGAUUGCAAUCCUUUGCGCAAUGCCUCCGACCUUGCGAACUUGUCGGCAUGCAAUGCGUCGAGCAGUACUGUCCGCACCGCGUCGCAAGGCAGCUCGGCUUCGAUCAGGACGUACCUGGGACUGUUGCCCAUGCCAACUCAAGUCGAAAGAUGGCGUGGGCAACAUACAAGAUGCAGCCUGAAAACAUGUCGUUCUUUGCUCCGCAACACGAUCCGGGCAUGACAGUUCAAUACGCACAAUGGUGGAAGCCUUACUCGUCGGCAUGUGCUGUUGCUGUUGCUAAUGCUGCAAACAUGAAACAACUUAAUGUUGUAGUUAGUCCAAGAAAGAUGAAAGCUGAAGGUCUCAGUGGUGUAGAUUGUGGCAAAAAGCGUCACUUGGAGGCUGGGAUGACUCUGCAAGAUGAUACAGAGGACAAGAUUCCGUUGGCGGAGAGUCCGAAACUCCGAAUAGUGUCAUUCGAAAGGCACAAAGGCAGGAUACAGAGACACAUUUUGAAAGAUGACAAGACAAAGCAAAAUUCAGAAACCGUGAAGGAUUUGGUGCCAAGAUGGGCAGGAAAAGGCAGACGUAGGGCAAUUUCACGCAGAGUUGCUGUGAAAGCUUCGUCUGAUGCAGAGGCAGUUUUGGUGAGUGAAGUUGAUAAACCAUCGUGUGGGCCGGUCUCCAAGAAUGAGAAUUUUGAAGAGCAAGCACCAAGCUCGGUUAUCCCGUAUGAUGAGAAGAAUCUCAGUUCAGAGCAUGGGGAAGUCGAGGGUGCAGCGAGCGCUAGAAGCAACAAAGGCAUUAGAGCUGCAAUUGGAGUGGACGUAUGUUCAAAUCUUCCAGACAUCUUGGCCAUCAGUGGUAAUGAGUUGGAUGAAAUAUUCAGAAAGGAUAGCGAGGCGAGUGCAAUUUAUAUGGACUUGUCCAAGUUGACGAUGGCAACCUCCAACUCAGACCAGCCAAAUGAAGAACGACAUCUGGUCACCAUAAGAAGAGAUGAGUCAAAGGAUAUCAUGGUCCAAAACAAUAGUGAUAUCACUCUCAGACAAGGACCAGUUAAUGUAACUCAUGUCACUAAUGUUGAUGUCUUAGAUGGAUACAUUGAUGAAAUGCAGACACGCAAUGUAAUGGAAGAGGGAGAUCAGAGAGCGAAGGUGGACAGAGAAAACUCAACUCUUCUCGAAGGAAACAAUGAUGCAUCUUAUAAUGGUCUAGUAUAUGGAAAUAAUGAACUGGUCAAGAGAGUAAUUUCUACUAAAACACUCUACUAUCUUAGACCAUUCAAGCGGGUGAAGGAGCUCAGGUCAGAGAUUCAAGAGCCACAAAUGCAGGUCAAGUAAUUUUCCAACCAGGACGGGAAGUCGGAACAGCGGAAAUGAUUAGAGAGGCGUCUGAAGCUCGAGAAGCAGAAAAGUUGAGUUGGAAACAAUAAUUGAUCAUCUUAAGAAACAAGUCGGGGCGCUAGAGGUGCAGUUGCGGGACAGGAGAACCUAUGAUAUUUGAGGUAUAACUUAACAUAGUAUAGCGGUAGCUUGGGUCUUUAGAAGACAUCUCUUUAUGAAGAGUACCGUAAUAUGGUGGGGUAGGCUUGCCGGUGAAAUAAUCUUCAUCAGCUUAUUGUGAGUGCAGAAACUAUAGCUAUUACAUCCUACUAUAAACUCUGAUUAUAUGAUCCUGGUUGCUUUUUCUUUAUGUUGUCAAAUUCAGGGGAGUACACAACUGCUAGUUUGUUUGGUGGUAUAGAUAAACGAUAUGCAAUCUUCACAUUAAACAACUGAUUUGACAAGGACAUACAUAUGUGUGUGCUCUUGUUAACUGAUCCUUUGACUUACAUAAAACAAGCUGACUACCUCAGUUAGCUGUGAUUUAAACAAACGGUGGUUCACAGUUGAUGUACCAAUUGCCAACUUCUGUACCAAGUAGUCAAACCGAGAAUUCUGUCAUAGAGGUUUCAACCUACUAGGACAUGAGCUCAUUGGAUGAAUCGAGCCGGCUAAUAAGGAUUCAACAGAUUUGGGGUGUGGAUAUUUGAAACAGUUUACUGAU